CCUAAAUUUAUAAGGCAGUUUAUUGAAAAACAAAAUAUGGAAGACUUUGAUGUUGUUUCUGGAUCUCGUUAUAUUGGUUCAGGUGGAGUUUUUGGAUGGGAUCUAAAAAGAAAAUUUAUAUCCAGAGCCGCAAAUUUUGUAACUCAAAUCUUAUUACGACCUAGUGCAACUGACCUGACAGGAUCUUUUCGAUUAUAUAAAAAAGAUAUUUUAGAAAAUCUUGUAGAAAACUGUGUUUCUAAAGGUUAUGUAUUUCAAAUGGAGAUAAUUGUUAGGGCCAGGCAAUUAAAAUAUAGCAUUGGUGAAGUACCAAUUACAUUUGUGGAUAGAGUUUAUGGAGAAUCAAAACUUGGCAGUUCAGAAAUUAUGCAAUUUGCCAAAUCUUUAGUAUAUUUAUUUGGUACAACAUAAUUUUCAUACUUAUGUCAUAAAUAGUUUCUUUUUCUUUAAUGUGUAAGAAAUCUAAAGAAUUUUUAAGUUUGUGAGUUAUUUAUAUGAAUCGGCAUUAAUGGAUUACUAUAUUUUUUUUCAUUUAAGAUAUGAUUUUAAUGUUUGUUAUCUUAAGUUAA